CGAUGUGGUGCUCAUAUUUAUGCAUCUGUGCGUGUCGUCGUGCAAGUAUCGGUACUUUCCGCCGUACCGGUACCUUGCAGCACGAACUGUGUUAACCUAAUUCUUGAGAUCGGCGCGAGGGGUUGAAAGCGCAUUAUUAGCGAACCGGUGGGACGUUGAAACCAGUAUUCACGGAGACGAUUGGUCACACGGCUACCCCCACCACGUUGAGCGAUCGGCUGACUCAACUGACCGGCACAUAUCGUCAUACGGAUCGCAACGGGGUCACGUGAUCAAAUUUAUAGAGGUUUUUUAAAAUCGAACGCGGUAUAUAAGACUCCCGAGUCGUCGGAACAGACAUAAGCUCGCUUACUUCCGAGAAGUAACAAGCAAUCCGCAACCGAUCAACAUGUUCAAGCUGGCUGUCUUCGCUGCCAUCCUGGCUGUCGCCUUCGCCGCUCCCGGAGGCCUCACCGGUGUUUCCAUCGAGCACCCAGCCAUCGGCCCGAUCGUCGCCCCGGCGCAUGUCGUUGCUGCCCCAGCGCUCUCCUAUGGCGCCCAUGUGAUUGCCCAGCCCAUUGCUCCCGUUGUUCACAGCCCCGCUGUCGUCACCAAGACCUACCUGGCUGGCCAUGGUCUCGCUUUGCACGGUUAGACUAGGAGAGCCAGCGUAAACUCACCACCACCACCGAGUCACGACGACACAGCCCCGGAAAAAAAAACUCACACACAUCCCCUAUUUCCUCGUAAAUCGUCCUCGUAAUGCGAAGGAAAGACCGUAGUUCGAAGAAAGGAAAAACAUUGCACGCCCCCGUUUCACCGCCGAUUUGGAUUCCUCACUUCAUCGCUUCGCAUCCGUUCUUCAUGCGCGAAUUAUCAGGCCCAUGACCAAGCGCGGGGGAGCGGACUCAAAAACAACGUGCGCGCGGACCAAUCGGAAGCAGCGCUCCGUGCAGAAUCGGCUACAAUCUUUCUCUACAUUCGUCUUUUCUUUGUAAUUUCUCGACAAAGUUUUCGGACUUUCGUCUCUCGAUCAUCCAUCAUCCUGAACCCUUCCCUCGUUCAUAUGGAAUUUUAAUAAAAUUUUAAUUACAAAUC